AUGCCAACCACCCUCCACCGUCCCCCCUCCUCUCCCUCUCCCCUCCCUCUAAACCAAAUCCACACUUACGACCACCUCCUCACCUACCUGUACCACCUCUCCGUCAUCCUCAACCAGAACAGCGUCUCCCCCGUCACUCUUCGUCCUCGCCCUAAUGGUCCGCGAGACCUCUCACCCUCAACCCUCCUCUCCGCAGCCCGAUCACUAAACCAGGCAGCCACCACGUUGGCGAGUCUCCGUCGGGACAUUGAGCGGGAGAUUUGGAUCCGGGCGCCUGCGGGGGGAGGGGAAGGGGCAGGGGAACAAGAGGGGGAUGGGAAGAUUGGGGUUUUGGUGAGGAUUUUGGAGGGGUUGACGGAGUUGGAGGAGGGCGGGGUGGAGGGGUGGGUGCGGUGGUUGUGGACGGGGAGCUGGAGGUUUUGGGGGGAGGGUUUGGCGAGAGACGCGAACGGUUCUGCUCCAGUUGAGUGUAGUGAGGGAGAGGAGGCGGGGAGAUGGCGAGGAGCUGAGAAGGAUAUUGAACACGUCACUGUCGGUGGUGGUUACAAGGGAUCCAACGAUGCAGGCGAUGAUGCUGCCAACGGCGAUGCGGAGGCUGAGUUGCGAAGGAGGGUGCUUAGUGGGUAUCGAUAUGUGCCUGCACUCGCAUCUCACCCAACCGCACUUGAAACUGCCUGCCUUGGACGAAAACAGAAUGGACCUAACCGUGGGGAAACAGCUGGAGAUGGUCGGCGAGCCACUCAAGCUAGACAGCCUACGAAUACGGAAGGGCGCGCGCGAACCACCGCCCUGCGGAAUGCCCGUGCCCGUCCAUGUCGAUGCCACCCAGCUCCAGGAGCCGAAAAGAAGCGGGAUUACCACCGCAGGCUUGCCGAAGAGGAAGACGACGAGCACUCUGACCCCGGCUUCAUCGAGGUUCCGAGGAUUUUCAAUUGGGCGCCUCCAUCUAUGUCCUCCUCGCCUAAUGACGGCGACGAUGAGGUUUCACGAUGUCGGCAUCUCCCACGGAACCCUAGGAUGCGAGGCGGAAUGGCGAGUCGGGACUUGUACUUCAAUUCGAUCCAUGAUCUGUGGAGUCGAGAAGAGCAGUACAGUGAGCCGGAUGAAGACCGUGCUGGGGGCGAGAACAAGACAGUCAAGGCGAAGCCGGAUGGAAACCAUGCUAAGGUCCAAAAGGACAUACCUGCAGUCAAGGCGAAGCCGGUGGAGGAACAAAAGCGAGAGCAAACCAUGGAAGACGAGAAUUCCCACAUUGCAUCCCUCGAGUGGAAAGAAUGGAAAGGCCCUCCUAUCCCGACACCCCGAGAUUCCCCGGCACACAGCUACGCGCAUCCGUCUCCCUCUUCUUCUCCACAUAAAGAGGCGGCCGAUAUCGCAGCUACCCCGUCGACUCCCCUUCCCCUCUCCGCAGCAACGGCAUUCUACUUCUUCCCCAGCGUCUCGACCAUCGCGCUUCUUGCCCCGGAUUGUCCUCACCCUCUUCAUUUCUUCCAGUGGUCUACGCACCCUCAGUCUCCUAACCCUAUCACGCUUCAGCAUAUUAGGCAGUUCCUCAAAGAUAGGAAAGACAGGGGUGUGGAAGAUCAUGAGGGCUUCUUGAGGAUAAGAGAGAUUUUGGAAGAGAGGGAUAGGCGCGGGUUGAAGGAUCCGGUGGCGCCGGAGGGGAGGAUGGUGUGUGUUGAGAUGCCCGAGGUUGAUGAAAGAGACGGAAAUGAAGACGGAUAUGUGCCUGUGAAGAGAGGAGGCGGGAGCUGUUGCGCAAAGCCAAAAUUGGAACUUGAUCUCCUCUCCCUAGGGUUAGAUUUCACGUCCCCACAGCUCUACAGCUCCGACGAAGAGACAAUGACGGAGGGUGAAGAGCACUGGAGAGGGAUCGGGUAUCUAGUCAAGGCGUUGAUGGGCCAGGUAAGCAGUGACGACGAGUAUGAAGACGCGUAUCAACCACGGGGAAGCAGUGUGGCAGACCGAUAUGAACAUACGUGCACUCGCGGAGGCGGCAGGGAAGAACGUCUGCCGGAUGAAGAUGUGCAUCUGUCGAGUCGGGAAGAUAUGGCGUAUUUCCAGGCUUCACUGCCUCGUGGAUAUCCAUCGGAGGAGCAUGAUCACCAGCUCCAGCCGAGACGGAGCGGAGCUUGCGAUUCGUUGACGGGGUUUAGUUCUUCGGCAUAUGAUUGCUGCAUGCAUUGCCAUGUCCCUUUCGACGAGCUAGAGCCGUUGGUAACUGGCAGUCCGGCAUCAAGUAUAGCGUCUGUUGCCCAUGAGGAUUAUGCACCGUCUGCGGUCGGGAGAAGUCACUGGGAUGGAUGUCCUCACGGUUCGACCGGAAUCCACGAUGGCUCUCAAGAGUGGUCUUCAAGUUACCGUAGUGGUAUAGGAAAAGAAGGAAACUUCAAGAGAACUGAGGGCUUGGCCAACCUUGAAAGUGCAUGCCCGAGCAAGCCAGACAUCCCGGAAUGUCAAUGUACGGUCCACUCGUCCUUACCUCAUCGCCAACCCGAGCAUUCUGCGCAUGCAGUCCAUUCCCCUUCUUCACCGCCCUCAGCACCCUACCAAUCCCCAAUCUACCUCACUCCCACCUCCGUCUCUCCAACUUCUUCCCCAAUGAUAAACCUUGCAAUCCCUGCAGCGGACCAUACCGAUCAACUGUCUGCCCAAGACAUGCCCAUCAAGAGAUCUCGCUACCAAUUCUCAAAACUCAAUCGUGAAGUGGACGAAGACGCGGUUCCCACGCACUGCAGCUCCGACGCUGAGGAUGGUUCGGAGAUGCGCAGGGAGAUUGAGGAGAUGCUUGAGUUGGCGAAGAGUUUGGGAAUUCAGAUGUUCGGAGCCAGUCGCCAAAAUGGUAAUGGUUGGGGCAGGGGGUUGCGGAGAGGGGUGGAGAGUGUUCCCAAUACACCUGCCAGCACUGCAUCUUCAGAUGCGGAAGGAGAUAGUGCACGUCGUACACUUGGACGUGAGGAUAAGGGCAAGCAGCCAGUUCGAAAUAUACCCGAGCCUAGUCGACAGUCCCAGGAGCCUCAACGGGCUGCACCGCAUAUCCCUAACCAGACACAGAGCUGGAAUCUUGCAUCUUAUAUCCCAUAUGCCGGACCCUCACGACCGCGUGCACGCCGGAUGGUGAGUACGGCGUCUUCUCACGAAGGGAUGAGUCCGCUGCAGACGUGUAGGUGGGAGGAUGAAUACCGGAGGGGAAUUGGGAAAGGUGUAGUUGGGAAGACGAGGACGGGCGUGUGGAUUGAUUGAGCAAUGGGCUUUGAAUCUAACUCAAGUCGUUGAGCAAUUGCAACCCACCAAUCAAUGUUAACCAUAUGAAUAUGCAUCGCUGUAGAAAAGAAGAGAAACCCUGUC